AUGAAUCUGGACAAUGCAAGUGCUCCAGAGGUCUUUAUUCUCUUGGGUUUCUCCAAACACCAAUGGUUGGAAAUGCCCCUGUUCGUUAUGGUGCUUGUUGCUUAUAUCUGCACACUGGUGGGCAACAUCUCAAUUAUUGUGGUAUCCAGAGUAGAUCCACAUCUUGACAGCCCUAUGUACUUCUUCCUUUCCAACCUCUCCUUCUUGGACCUGUGCUUUACCACAACUACCAUACCUCAGCUGCUGCUUAACCUUUGGGGCCAAGAUAAGUCUAUCAGCUAUGGGGGAUGUGUGACCCAGUUUUAUAUGUUUCACUUCCUGGGAGCCACUGAGUGCAUCCUGUUAGCUGUGAUGUCCUUGGAUCGCUACAUUGCCAUCUGCAAGCCUCUGAGGUACCCAGCUAUCAUGCAUCAGCGACACUGCAUCCUCCUUGUGGCUGUGGCCUGGAUAAGUGGAUUGGCUAACUCCUUGCUUCAGUCAACUCUCACUGUCCAGCUGCCACUUUGUGGUAACAACAAGGUAGAUAAUUUUCUUUGUGAGGUUCCAGUGAUGAUCAAGAUGUCAUGUGCUGACACUACAYUCAAUAUAGCUAUGCUCUCCAUUGUGGGGACUUUCUAUUCCCUGGUUCCUUUGUCACUUAUCCUUAUCUCCUAUGGGUUUAUUGUAGCUACUGUGCUUAGGAUUCGAUCUUUGGAGGGAAAGAAGAAAGCUUUCAAUACUUGUGGUUCUCAUGUUAUUGUUGUAUCUCUUUUCUAUGGACCAGUAAUUAUCAUGUAUGUACAACCCUCUGCUGCUAACUCACAGGACAAGAACAAACUCAUGGCCCUCUUCUAUGGAGUGGUGACUCCUACAGCCAACCCCUUCAUCUACACCCUGAGGAAUAAGGAUGUAAAGGGGGCAUUAGGCAACUUGGUGAGGAGCAUUUUGAGUUCCAAAUAA